ACUCAGCGCCCCUCUCCAUCGCCCGCGCCGGCGAGAGCCUUCCUCCUAACACGGCUGACCUUGCAGCUGUCUGCCCCUCCGUCCCCGGGCUGCGGCCUGCGAGACCCGGAGGGACGGUGCUCACCUCCGGGGUGCGAUCUAGCAACAGCAUCUCCCGCCGGACGCGAACGCCCCUGGCCAGGCUCGGCGCAGACCUGCAGACUCUUGUCAACAUUUCUUUUAAGCUGCAGCAGCAAACACGAUGGACAGUCUUACCAUCACAGAAGACAAUAAUACACAUUGUGAAAACAAGAUGGACUUGACCAGUGAAAAGUUGCCCAAGAAUCCUUUUUAUGCCUCGAUAGCUCAGUAUGCUGCUAAGCACCAAAAAUUCUUCCAGUGGAAAAAUGAUAAACCUGAUCAUUAUACCCAUGCUAUUUUGGUGGAUAAAGCAUUGCAGCUCUUGAAAGAAAGAAUAAGAAGAGGGGAUAGUCUGGCAUAUUUUCUAAGAGGUCAACUAUAUUUUGAAGAGGGAUGGUAUCAAGAAGCAUUAGAACAGUUUGAAGAAAUUGCGGAGAAUGAUCAUCAAGCAACAUACCAGCUAGGAGUAAUGCAUUAUGAUGGACUGGGGACUGCUCCAAAUGCUGAAAAAGGAGUGGAAUGUAUGAAGAAAAUUCUUGAAUCCCCAUGUCCCAAAACAGGACACUUAAAAUUUGCUGCUGCUUACAAUCUUGGAAGAGCUUACUUUGAAGGAAGAGGUGUUAAACGAUCAGAAGAAGAAGCUGAAAGACUGUGGCUUUUUGCUGCAGACAAUGGAAAUCCAAAAGCUAGUGUGAAAGCUCAAAGUACCCUCGGACUGUAUUAUUCAACAAAGGAACCAAAAGAUUUAAAGAAGGCAUUUUACUGGCAUUCAGAAGCGUGCGGCAAUGGAAAUCUGGAAUCCCAGGGUGCACUUGGUCUCAUGUACUUUUAUGGUCAAGGCAUCCCCCAGAACACUGAAGUUGCCCUGAACUGCUUACGAGAAGCAGCAGAGCGUGGGAAUGUCUAUGCCCAAGGGAUUUUGGUGGAGUAUUACUACAAGAUGAAAUUUUUUACAAAGUGUGUUACGUUUUCCAAAAGGAUUGCCGACUACGACGAAGUUCACGAGAUCCCCAUGAUAGCUCAGGUCACCGACUGUCUCCCCGAGUUCAUCAAGAGAGGCAUGGCCCUGGCGUCUUUCUAUUAUGCUCGGUGUCUUCAGCUUGGCUUAGGCAUCACAAAAGAUGAAGUGACAGCUAAACUCUAUUUCUCCAAAGCUUGUCGUCUGAAUCCUACAUUGGCAGAUAAACUUCAUGCAUUACUUAUUUGUCAAAGAAUUUAGACUACAACGAAUUUCAAUCCAGAUCAGCAUUCUAACAUCAUAUAUUGUGUGCACUUUUAUAGCAGCUAUGUUUGUUAUUUUCUGCAUCCAAAGUUACACUGUUUGGGGUAUUUGAUAGAUGAUUUGUUACCUUCAUUCUCGAAUUUGUA